AAAGAUCAGCUGUUUUUUAUUUAUUUCUAACGUUUCGUAUGGUUCAUCAACUACAAAUGUCUCAAGGCAUAUCUAUUACGCCGCCGCCUCCCCCACCAAUACCACCCACCAACAGUGUUCAUACAUCGGCUGGAACUAAUGCCAGUGUCGUUAAAUUGCAAUUGGCAAACAAUGAAUGCAGUUGGGCAAUGGAUCAUCCAGAGGUGCAGAAGGGAUGCUUUCUAAGUCGAGUGUGUCAGCAUGCUCCGCCCAAGGAGUGUCAAUAUUAUGGCAUUGCAAGCAUACUCCAAAAUGGUCCCACCUGUGGCUUAACAGCGCUCAGUAUGCUGCUCAAUGGACAACCGACUGCAGGGGAAUUACUCACUGAGGCUGUAAAACAUCACUAUACCAUAAAUGGAGAAAUGUUCAGUGCGCAGUAUUUAUAUGAAUUGUCACAAAAGUACUUAGCUUGUGAACUCUACGAUGACACUCUAAAUUGUGCAAACAUCAAGGAUCGUUUAUGUGCUGGAUGCUGUUUAUUAGUCCCUUAUGAUGCAGAUGUCAAUCAUGCGCCUUGCCAGAAGUCCGGACAUCGAGCUCACUGGGCGCUGAUUGUGGGCUACCUGAUUGAUGACCAGGAUGAGUUUUAUGUACUGGCGCGACAUGGUAAGACACGCAAUCUGGCCGUGUGGUCGCUGUCAGCGCUUAGUGAGAGCAAUGCCAAUCUCGUAGAGUUUGCCCAGCCCAAGGGAUAUCCUGAUUGCACCUUCCUGCUGCCACCUGGGGGAAUAAAUGGACCACUUGGACUCAACGAACGCGCCAUUCUAUUGAAUGGAUUGACCCAGGAAAUUGUUAAAGUUGUUUGACCACAUGACAAAUAAAAGCACUUUUAUAGUUUUGUCUUUAAAUGUAUGUAUAUAUAUAUUUAAUAAUACAAUUAUAAAUUACACACCUUACAAUACGUUUUUGCAUUUUCAUUUCGUUACAUUUCUUUUUCAUUUUCAUUUCGUUUAAAUUUCACUUUUGACUUUCGGCUCAAAUGAUUACAACACUCGUAUAACUCUUUUUUUGGGAGGCUUUGCAUAUUGCUUGAAACUUGAUGAAUACCCUGCACUCAAUAUUGAUGGGGUAACAUCGACUCAUACAUUCCCGUUCGCAUUGCCAGCUCACAUACUAUGAAUUUUCAAAAAUCACAACAAUUAGAGUAGUAUAUAUAUAUAUGUAUGUGUAGAUAUAUGCAUAUUGGAUAGAUAUAGCCGAGUGCGCAUACCUAUCCAAUAGCUACAUAUAUGUACGCUUGUAUAUUGUAUAUGUUUAUGUUUAUUUAUUUUUAGUUACACAUCCAGAUAAUAUGUCUCUGCUUGUAGGUAGUAUAUAGACGACGGGUUUGGUUAAAUAUGCAAUUCGCAAUCGCAGUUGCUAAAUAGUUGUAGUUGUACAUAUAGAGAUACGUUUAGAUUUAGUUAAUUUCGAGCCAGGCACCAAAUGUCCCCGCUUCAAAGUGUUGAGAUCAUCAUUGCAGGGCGGGCCUGAGCUUCUCUUCCUUUUAUUUUAUUUUUUUGGAUACAAAUGAAAAACGGAAAGACGGCUAACAACUUGGCCAACAGUCUGGGGUCAAGUGACACAACAACAAACUGCGCCAACUGGCGAAAAAGUCAA